AUGACAGCCGCAAAGGUCCCAGCCGACAGCAAGCUCCUCCAGCCCGUCAAGAUCGGCAAGGCCCAGCUUCAGCACCGCAUUGCCCUGGCGCCUCUCACCAGAUACCGCAACGACGAAUACCAUGUUGUCAACUCCUUCGCCCAGAGGUACUACGGCGAGAGAGCCGCCACCCCAGGGACCUUGAUCAUCUCCGAGGCCACCGGCGUCUCUCUGCAGGAUGCCGGCGAGCCUCACGGCCCCGCCUUCGCUACUGACGAGCAGGAGGCCGCGUGGAAGAACGUCAUCUCCGCCGUCCAUAAGAACGGCUCCGUGUGGUUCCAGCAGCUCUGGAGCCAGGGCCGGGCCUCCAACCCGGAGUACCAGAAGAAGCGCGGGUACAAGUACAGGUCUUCCAGCGCCGUGCCCAUUUCGGAGGGUGGUGUCGUCCCCGAGGCCAUGACAGAGGAGGAGAUCCAGGGCUUCAUCGACGAUUUCGUCGCAUCCGCCAAGCGCGUCAUCGCUGCCGGCGGUGACGGCGUCGAGAUCCACGGUGCCCACGGGUACCUGAUCGACCAGUUCAUUUCCGACUCGGUCAACAAGCGCACCGACAAAUGGGGUGGCUCUAUCGAGAACCGCUCCCGCCUCCUGUUCGAGGUCGUCAAGGCCGUCAGUGCUGCCAUCGGCCCAGAGCGCACUGCUCUUCGCCUGUCUCCCUUCGCAACCUUCCAGGGUGCCGAGUCCUCCGACAUCAUUGCUCAGUACACUUAUAUUAUCCGCGAGCUCAAGGCCCUCGCCCCCUUGGCCUAUCUCUCCCUGGUUGAGCCCCGCGGUGACCCGGCUAAGCUGCUCGGCCCCUCCGAUGACUCGGAAGUGGCUGGCCAGAAUCUCGACUUCAUCCUAGAAAUUUGGGACAACCACUCCCCUGUUGUGGUAGCUGGUGCCUACACUCCCUCCUCGGCAGCCUCGAUCCUGGAUAGCCACUACGCCAAAUGGGAUGUCAUCGUUGCCUUCGGCCGUACUUUCCUGGCGACCCCUGACUUUGUCUGGCGCGUGAAGAACGGCGUUGCUCCCAACGAGUACCAUCGCGCCAGUUUCUACAUCCCUGCUUCUGAGGUUGGAUACAACGAUUACCCCCUCAGCAGCGAGUACAUUGAUGCGCGCAGGAACCAGGUUUUGAAGAGCCUUGCCUGA